AUGGGAGCGCUGGAUGACAAGGGGAGGGAACCGAUCACUUUCGACGAGGGGUUGUUGAGGGCGUUGUGCGAUUCGCCGUACGCUCUGCAACUGAUUACGGAGCGCAUAAAACAAAGUAUCGCUUCAUGUAAACAAUUCGCCGCUUUCCUCCGGUCCCGGUCGGAAUUGGAAGAUAAGUACGCGAGAAGCGGGUUGGAAUUGAAGAGGAUGAGCGAUGAUAGUUAUGCAAGGGGUUAUUGCAAAGCCGGGACGUUUGUCCGGGCGUACAAAAAGUCUUUGGACGUGCACGAGGCAUUGGCGCAGAACCGGUCGAGGUUCGCCUCCCGGCUGAACGAGAUGAGCGAAGAGCUUGUCAACCUGGCCAAGGAGGGGGAGCGGCUAAGAAAGCUUCACAAGGAUAACGGGGCACGGUAUGAGAGGAAUGUGCAAGAGGCUGAGAUGUAUAUGGAGAAGGCAAAGAGCAGAUUCGACACCACGGCAGAAGAGUUGGAACGGAUUCUCAUCGCCAAAGAAGGCGAAAACGUGCGUGACAGCGGGAACAUGGUCUCGCCGGGUUCGUCAUCACGGGACAAGCGUGGAUUGGGCAAGGCCAUGGCCAAGGGAGGGAUGCUGUUCAAGAGCAAAGGGCCGGCACAGAUGCAGAGGCAAGAGGACGAGGUCAGGCAGAGAAUGAACUCGGCGAGCGAGGUGUUCCGGAAGGCUGUGCAGAGCAAUCAGCAGGCAAAACAGGAAUACUUCAACUUGCACUUGCCAAAGAUCCUUCGGCUGCUUAAAGAAUGCGCCGACGAGAUCGAUAUGGGCACGCAGUAUCAUAUGGCCCGAUACGCGUAUCUCUACGAGUCGACGAUAUUAGCGGAUGCUACUGCAGUGGCGCCUGCGUUGCCGCAGGACUCUAUCGGUCUCCGGGCAAUCGUCGAGACUAUUGACAAUCGAACAGAUUUUACCAAGUAUAUGCAGAACUACAAUGCUGCUCGCGGUCCUGUAGCAGCAAGAGCUCCAAAGAAGGAUGGACCGUAUGAGGACGGUUUCAUGCCGGCACUACCACCUCACGUACAAGCGUCCCAGAUGGCCCAGACGCAACAGUCAACAGCUAACAAUGGAGAAUCUUCUCAGCUACCUGCUAUACCGGGCGCUUACAAUCCUGGCCCACCGGCAGUAUCAGGCUCUACAUUCGGAGUCGAGCUAAGCGAACAGGUCGUCAGCGAAGGCACAGAAGUGCCAAAGGUGGUCGAAAAAUGUGCUCAGGCCAUAGAAGCAUACGGUUUGGAUCAGAUGGGUAUCUAUCGGCUGAGCGGAACGACCUCGAAGGUGCAACGGCUGAAGGCAGCUCUAGAUGCCGACCUGGACGCGGUCGAUGUCAUGUCGGACGAAUGGAGCGGCGAUAUCAAUGUCGUAGCUUCAGUUCUGAAACAGUGGUUCCGCGAGCUACCGGAACCGUUGCUUACGCAUGCACUUUAUCAAGGCUUCAUUGACGCUGCUCGUUACGACAAUGACCGGUUACGGCAUAUCCGACUGCACGAACAAGUCAACGAGCUUCCGGACGCCAACUAUGCCACGCUCAAAUUCUUCAUGGGGCAUCUCGACAAAAUUCGGCGGAAAGAAUCUGUCAACCAGAUGUCAGUUUCCAACUUGAGCAUUGUCUUUGGGCCGACAUUGUUGGGCGCCCCUGCUAGUAUGGGAGGCAUGAACCUGGAACACAUGUCGUUCCAGUGCAAAGCGGUAGAAACGAUUCUGGAACGGUACAAGGAGAUCUUCGUGGAGGAGGAGGAAGCGCCGGCCGCUUGA